AUGAACAAUAACAGCUAAAAUUUUUAAUAUCAGUACCUUCAAGACCCUCAGUAUAGUAAUAACAGCUAUAAUCCUUAAUAGGUUUAAUUAAACUAACCAUUAAUUUACAAUCAAAAUAGCAAUUAUAAUGAGUUUAGCUAUCAAUAUCCUUAGUAUUCAGUAGGAAUAAAUUAAAACAAUUAUCAAUAAAAUUCAGCUUUUGUGAUUAACACAAAUCCAAAUCUCAUAAAUAUUUAAUACUCAAGUCCUGAAAUAAUAUAUUGCACAGCUUCAAUUAAAUCUACAAAAAAAAUAGUAAUGAUGGAGUAGGAGUGA